AUGCCGCCACGUAAGAGAGUUAUUCGCACUCAGGCCGCUAGUGCUUCUCGAGAGGGUGCAGAUGAGCAUGUGCCGCUACCAGUUCCACCGAUUGAUCAGGAUGCCCUUAGGCAGAUGGUGCAGGAUGCUGCCAGACAGGCAGCACAGGAGGCAGUUCAGCAAGCUGUCCAGGAGGCUGCUAGAGUAGUUGCACAGGAAGUGGUUAGGCAGAUGGCUGCAGCUCAGCAGGGUCAGCAAGUUCCACCAGUUCAGGUUCAGGGACAGCAGCAACCCCCUAUCCAGCAUGUUCCAGGGAUUUUCCAGGUUCCACCACCAGUGCCACCCGUUCUUCCAGGGCAAGUUCCUGAGGUUGUGCCACCCAUUCUUCCAGGGCAGGUUCCUGAGGUUGAUGAGACGCUUAUGCGGGUAAUGAGACAGAUGAAAACUGUGGAUUUGGAGACUUUUGAGGGAACAGUAGACCCUGGAGUGGCCUAUAAGUGGAAGCAUAGGCUGGCUUCGUGUCUGCAGACCAUCAAUUGUCCGUUGCGCCUUUGUCUUAAUAUCGCAGAGUUGUAUCUGCGUGGAGAUGCAUUAGUAUGGUGGGAUGGAGUGCGAUCGAUGCGUGAUGGCGACAUGACUUAUGAGGAUUUCCUCAUUGCAUUCGACAAGAAGUACUUUCCCAGAGAAGCGUUGCACCAGAAGAGGAAUGCUUUUGAGCAUCUGAGGCAGGGUACUAGGAGUGUCAGGGAGUACGAGCGAGAGUUUUGCCAGCUCCGCUUGUUUGCUGGUAACCAUUUUGAUGCAGAGGACUUGAUCAGGAGGUUCUUAGAUGGUAUGCGAGUCGAUCUCCGUGGCAGGUGCAGUAUGGUUACUUACACCAGUUUGGAGGAUCUGGUAGAGAAGGCUGCUGUGCAAGAGGCAUGUAUUGCUUAG